AGUCGAGGAAAUUGACCACAGCGUGUUCUCUUGUUUCCGUACGAAAAACUAUGCAUAUAUGCUAAACGAAUUGUUUUUUUUGUCUUGUGAAGUCUCUUUUGUGAUUCGUGUCGUCUGCAUUUUGCGCCCUUUCCGACGUUUUGGGAUAUUGAAAAAUUGUCUCGGAAAUUUCGCCUACGGUUUUGUCCCUUUGUUUGUCACCAUUUGUUGUUGUUGCAGCUUUGCGACUGAUAAGGCACGUUCUGUUCACUCUUUUAUGACCACGCCAAAGAAAUGUGUACGAACUAUUUCUUAAACAUGCAUGCCACACAUGAGCAUAUCCACAUUUGCAGUAUUUCCUGUGCUAAUCGAAAUUUUGUUGUCAGGUGUUUGCCACUUUUUUGGGCCUUUCUCCUAAAAUUUCCCACACUUGGGAACUCUGAUUUCCAUUGUUGUUUAUUUGACAAGUCGAAUUCUUUGCCUGUGAGCUUGGCACGUUCAAGUUAUUUAUUCUGCUUUAAAACUUGGUAGAUGACGUGCAUCAGGAAGAUGUUGGGUGUGGUCAUGAACUGCGCUUUAAAAUAUGAUUUUAUGGUAAAAAGAAAUUCAUUGAACUAUUUCUUAGUUGGGAUAAGACUUAUUUGCAUUUAUAUACACAGCUUGAGUACUAUUUAUAAACUAUUUGAGCAAUGGGUAUCUGAUAGUCGCGACUCAGGACUAUACACACAUUGUAUACUAUUAAUACAUAGUAAUUAGAAAUUCUAUUAAUUUUACACGGCUUCAAUUCACAUCUCAUGCUCAGUUUAUUACAUGUUUUUGAUAUUUGAGUAUUGAUUUCAUAAACAAAUUUAUAAGGUAACAUCUGUUAUUUUUAUCUAGACUUCCCAUCACAAACCCGAUCGACUUUUCUUGAUUGAAUAUAAAUGUAGCUUGCAUGCGUAGCUUUAAUUAAUACUCAUAGUUGAGCUAUAAAUAAUAACUUAAUAACAGUGGAAAGAGCAAAACAGCUGAUGCCUUGACUAUCAAUACCACAUGCACUUGUGAAUUUAAACUUGUAUGUUUGAGAAGAUUCUUAAUCAAUAGCAAAAAGCGCUUCAACUUGGCGAAAAAAAAGCAACAAAGAAUGCAACAGUUCUGCGUCGUCACAUUAUCUAAAAAAAAAAAAUGAAAAACAGACCAAGAGGAGCAGAGGAAAAGCGCGAGAGCGAAUGGGGAAAAUGGAAAAGAUGCAGCCACAAAGGAAAACUUCUCGAAAAUUAUUUUAGUUGCCCAAGUCGAGUGCAGUCGUGUGGAAGUGAAAGAGAAGCCACAAAAUACAAAAAACAGAAAAACCGAAAGACAGCAGGCAAAAAAAGGAAGUGUUAAAUACACUUUCCAUAAUUAUCCCUCAUAGUCGUGAUUAAUCUUGGUUAUUCAAAAAUUUCGGAGUUUCCGUACUUUUCGCCACUUUACAGGCCAAGAUCUAAUGAGAUUGGGGUUGUGCAAUGCGUGACUGCUGAUUAUAUAAGUCGCACAAUUGGCCAAAGUUCAGGCAUUCAACUAGUUCGUUCCUUCAAUUUUGAAUAGAAAGUUCGAAAGUAAGCGAGUUUCAGGUUGUGUCGAAAAGCCGGCAAAAGUCGAGUAAUAUUUUUGCACGGUCGGAAUUUUGACAGGCAAACGCAAACAAGCAAUCGGGAAAAAGAGCAACUAAAACUUUCGCAGCGCUACAAAAAAUAAAAAAAAAGAGCAACAUAAAAGUGGAAAGGUAGAAUAGAAAAGCAAGAGUGCCGCCGGCAAGAGUGCGAAUUUAUAAAUAAAACCAGCGGAUAAGGAGGAAGAGAUCCGGUAUCUCUUCGCCAGAGAACGGGUAAACAAAGCGAUGCCGGAACCACUGGGUCUGCUAUGGUCCGUGCCGGAGUCCAAGUCAAAGGCGCCCAUCAUCAAGGUGUCCUGCGGCAUCGGCGAUACGGACGGCUAUCCCGCCUUCGAUGUCGACUCCGAUGCGUACGCCACCAAGGACGACAGCCGGUGGGGAUUCCUCAUCACCGGCGGAGCCGAGUUCCAUAUGCCGCUGACAGUCUUCCAGGUUACCCCCAACGGCCUGGCCGACAAAGCGGGCAUUCGCCUGGGCGACAUCAUACUCGAGAUCAACGAGGAGGACGCCUCGCAGCUGACGCUGUCCCAGGCCCACGAGAAAAUCAACUCGACACCCAAGAAGAUACAUUUCCUGCUGCGCAACAUGGAGGAAGACGAUCCCAUGGGCCAGUUUGAGGCUGGAGAGGAAAAGUCGAUUGUGAUGCGGGUACCAAAACCUUUGCCGCCGCCAAGUGGACGCAUACGAGCCAGCUCCAUCGAGAUGCGUCUGCUGGAGAUGCAGCGAAAGUUGUCAGCCAUUGCCGAAAUACCCAAAAUCCUGUGCUCAACUUUGGCCACCGUGUCGCAGAAUUUUGGCCGGAUGAGUGAAUCGGAGGUGGAUGAGGAUGACGUCGAGGAGGAGGCCUAUGUGCAGCGGAAGUUCUCCUACGACGAGGAUGCCCUUGACUUUGAGCUGAGGAACGGGGAACAGGCAGGUGACACUGACAGUGACGGGGAAGAUUUGGUGCUGGUUCGGGAGGAGGAUGCUGAGCACGUGGAUGUACCGAAAGGUGCCAAGCAAUCAAAGCUGCUGAAGGAUGUCACGCCGGAAUCGGAUUAUGCAUCGGAAGCCAAUUAUCCGGCAAAUGAGGCAAGCGAUGACACGGAAUCCGACGAUGAGGAUGAGCCCGGCAGCACGGUGUAUUUUAUGAAACUGCCAGCGGCCGCCGCCGAGGAUACGUAUUCUUCUACGGAGGACGAGGAUGACAGCGAUUUCCUGAACACCACCUACACGUGGAAUCUCCGCAAUGUGCCCAAGCUGCGAAUUAACGAUGCCGAGGCCGAAGGUGAACUGACACUGGGACAUCAGGCGCGGGAGGUGCCUCAGCAGGAGCAGUCACAGGAGAAGCAGCCUUGUCUGGAACCCGAGCCACCGAAGGUGCGCCCAGCCACGCCCACACCGAAGGUUCCGCCUCAAGAAUCCGCCGAAGGGCAGACACAAAAGUUGCUAUUCAGACUGGACAAGCUGGAGCGAUCCUGGCCCUGGGCAGACCGUGAGAAGAUCAUAUACAAGCAAUCCACUUGCCAUCUGGUGCCACGAAAGCCACUGGGAUUGGUGGGACAGCGAAUGCAGCUGCUGCUCAAGGACAAAAAGGAGUGAGUUCGUGGAGGGAGCAAGGAGUCAAAACCCAUGUUAAACAGUUCCUGCCAUUAGUCUAAGUUUAACCUCAGAGGGGGACAGCUCGGCGUCGAAGGGUGGUGUGAAGUGGCCAACUUUUAAUUGAGUUCAUUAUGCAAAUACACAGGCGACAACAGCAGCCUCAACUUCAGCAGCACUUCAAUUAAAAGCCGCACACCCAGGCAUAUUCGAAACUCUAUUCAAACACGCUUCACACCCCAGCCUUUCAGUCGGGUAAAAUUUUUAAUUAAAGUGCACUCUGCCGUAUGCCAAAAAAAUCACUGCCAAGUCAAACGCAAGCAGAGUCAAAAUCAAGACAAAACCACAGCCAAACCCAAGCCCAAACGAGACCAGAGCCAAGCUCUUCAACCGGCACUUGCAACUUGGCCAGGUUUAUGCAUUAUUUGUGACCCACCGCACCAUAAAUUCCAUCUGAAGGCCAACGCAAUGCACUUAUUCCUCCAACAGCAGGACCUGCGAGUCACGCAGGAUGCGGAAAAGGUCGAUGACGGUGCCAAAAAUGUUCCUCGGAGUUUACCCUUAUUUUUAGAACUCUUACACUCAGUUGUAUCCUUUCAAGAUUGGCUAAGAUCCCUUUUUAUUUUAUAUAUAGUAUCUAAAUUGUAAUUGAAUUUAAAUUGGUAUUAAUGGAUGUGGGUAACAAUCUAGGCUAUAAUUUAAAUUUUUUUGAAUUUUAUACUUAUUGAAGUCACAUGUUUCAAAUAUUUCUCCAAAUUUAAUAAAGAAUAACAUCACAUUUUUAAAAUA